AUGCGACCCGGGGGCGCGCUGCUCGUCCUGCUCUCCAGCCUGCUGCUGCUGCUGCUGCUGCGCCUGCUCUGGUGCCCGGCCGACGCGCCCGCGCGCUCCAGCUCCAGGCUUUGGGUGGAGGAGAGCAGGGAGGACACCCGCGGCACCUCCGCAGCGCUGAGGACGCUGAGGAGCCCGGCGACCCCGGUCCGGCGCCGCAGGAACAGCACAUAUCUGAAGGAGAAGGAGAAGUCUCUACAGCUGACAGAGAAAUGCAGAAACCUGCAAUAUGGCAUUAAGUCUUUAUCUAACAAAACGAAACGAUAUUCAGAGGAUGAAUACCUUCAGAUCAUCACGAAUAUACAGAGCUGCCCAUGGGAACGGCAAGCAGAGGAAUAUGAGAAUUUCAGAGCAAAACUUGCUUCCUGUUGUAACGCUGUUCAGAACUUUGUGGUUUCUCAAAAUAAUACUCCAGUGGGGACAAACAUGAGCUACGAGGUGGAAAGCAAGAAGCAAAUACCGGUUCGAGAGAACAUUUUCCACAUGUUUCCGGUGUUCCAGCCUUUUCUGGAUUACCCUUACAACCAAUGCGCAGUGGUUGGAAAUGGGGGCGUUCUGAACAAGUCUCUCUGUGGAGCUGAAAUAGAUAAAUCUGACUUCGUUUUUAGGUGUAACCUCCCUCCCACCACAGGAAAUGUUAGUAAAGACGUUGGCAGCAAAACCAAUCUUGUGACUGUCAAUCCCAGCAUUAUCACACUGAAAUAUGGGAACUUAAAGGAGAAGAAAGCAGUAUUUCUGGAGGACAUUUCCGCCUACGGAGAUGCCUUCCUCCUCCUGCCCGCGUUUUCCUUCAGAGCCAACACCGGCAUCUCUUUUAAAGUGUACUACACGCUCAGACAAUCUAAAGUGAGGCAAAAGGUUCUCUUUUUCCAUCCCAAGUACCUGAGACAUCUCGCCCUUUUCUGGAGAACUAAAGGGGUGACCGCUUACCGCUUAUCCACAGGUCUGAUGAUCACAAGCAUCGCGGUGGAAUUGUGCGAAAACGUGAAGCUCUAUGGAUUCUGGCCCUUCUCUAAAACUGUUGACCAAAUACCAGUCAGUCAUCACUACUAUGACAACAUGUUGCCUAAACGUGGCUUCCACCAGAUGCCCAAAGAAUACAGCCAAAUCCUCCAACUUCAUGUCAAAGGAAUUCUCAAGCUACAGUUUAGCAAAUGUGAAAUAGCUUAA